UCCGAGUUGUUGCCUGUUGGUGUGGUUAUUGGGUUAAUGAUUAGUGAUUACAGAUUUUAAGAAUAUUAAUGUAGUAUUUCAGAAAGUGUAGUGCUAGUGAAAUACGUUUAUGACGAUUAUUUACUUUAGAUGUUUAUAAAAUAAUGGAUAAAAUACCAAGAACUCAUGAAGCUAUUGAAGCACAAAUUCGUGAAAUACAAUCGAAAAAAAAUGAACUUCCUGAAAAUGGUUCAGGAAAAGGAGUGUCUCUGGGUGAAACAUAUUAUGACAAUGACAUAUACGAUAAUGCUGGACAAGUAGGCAAAUCCAGGUAUGAUGGUUAUGUGACAUCAAUUGCUGCAAACGAUGAAGUUGAAGACGAAGAUGUCGAGAAUGUGCCCAUAUCACAAAAGAGGCCUGGUUAUACAGCACCUGCAUCUUUACUUAAUGACAUAGCGCAGAGUGACAAAGAUUAUGAUCCCUUCGCCGAUAAGAGGAGGCCCACUAUUGCAGAUAGAGAAGAUGAAUAUCGUCAGAAAAGGCGUCGGAUGAUUAUAUCACCAGAACGAUCAGAUCCAUUUGCUGAAGGUGGUAAAACACCAGAUGUAGGCUCCAGAACCUAUACAGAAAUAAUGAAAGAGCAAUAUUUACGAGCUGAAGAAACAGAAUUAAGAAAAAAACUAUUAGAAAGAGCAAGAGAGGGGACAUUGAAACCUGUGGCUCAGUCAAAUGGUGAAGCAACUAAACCUACAGCAGCCAAACGCAAAGGUAGAUGGGAUCAGAGUUCCGAAGAUACCCCUUCUGUCAAGAAACCAGUCAUUGCAACCACACCCAGUUCGCAAGCUACACCUUCUUGGGAAAAUGAGCGUGGUGCUUGGGAAGAGACACCUGGUGGAGGAGGUCGUGGUGGAGAGACACCCGGCGCAACACCAUCCGCGCGCGUGUGGGACGCCACGCCAGCCCACCUGACUCCGGGACAUGCUACACCCGGUCGAGAAACUCCCGCGCACCAUGCCUCAAGACGUAACCGCUGGGAUGAAACCCCUAAAACUGAUAGAGAGACUCCUGGUCACGCGAGCGGAUGGGCCGAGACACCACGUACAGACCGUGGCGCCGGAGUCGAUACAAUUCAAGAGACUCCGACGCCGGGCACAAAGCGCCGCUCCCGAUGGGAUGAAACACCGGGCGCUACGCCGGCCGCGGCCACGCCCACGCCGUCGCACGCCACGCCCUCACACGCGACUCCUUCACACGCCACGCCCUCACACGCCACACCUACGCCGCACACGCCCAUCUUUACACCUGGCGGUUCUACCCCAGUGGGUGUGAAAGCUAUGGCUAUGGCUACGCCUACGCCAGGCCACAUAGCCGCAAUGACACCAGAGCAACUUCAAGCUUACCGUUGGGAAAAAGAAAUAGAUGAGCGAAACAGACCCUACACAGAUGAAGAACUCGACGCCAUGUUCCCAGCUGGGUACAAGGUUUUGCCUCCGCCGGCUGGUUAUGUUCCGAUUCGGACCCCGGCUCGUAAGCUGACCGCAACGCCCACGCCUUUGGCUGGUACCCCAAUCGGCUUUUUCAUGCAGACGGAGGAAGUGGGGGGGUCGGCGGCGGCCGCGGCGCGCCUCCUCGACCCGCAGCCCAAGGGCAGUCAGCAGCUGCCCUUUAUGAAGCCCGAGGAUGCUCAGUACUUCGACAAACUGCUUAUAGAAGUAGACGAGGAUUCUCUUUCACCAGAGGAAUUAAAAGAGAGGAAAAUCAUGAAAUUGCUGCUUAAAAUUAAAAAUGGCACCCCGCCAAUGUGCAAAGCAGCGCUACGUCAAAUCACUGACAAAGCCCGCGACUUCGGUGCUGGUCCACUCUUCAAUCAGAUUUUACCAUUGCUUAUGAGCCCCACCCUUGAAGACCAGGAGCGCCAUUUGCUUGUGAAAGUCAUUGACAGAAUUCUCUAUAAGUUGGAUGAUUUAGUUCGCCCUUAUGUACACAAAAUUUUGGUCGUAAUAGAACCACUCUUGAUUGACGAAGAUUACUAUGCUCGUGUUGAAGGACGUGAGAUUAUUUCGAAUUUGGCUAAAGCUGCCGGGUUAGCCACUAUGAUAUCUACUAUGAGACCUGAUAUUGACAAUAUUGAUGAAUAUGUGCGGAACACCACUGCUAGAGCUUUUGCUGUGGUUGCAUCUGCUCUCGGUAUACCAUCACUGUUACCAUUCUUAAAGGCUGUUUGUAGAUCGAAAAAAUCAUGGCAAGCUCGGCACACUGGUAUCAAAAUCGUGCAACAGAUUGCCAUUUUGAUGGGAUGUGCUAUACUACCACAUCUGAAAUCUCUUGUCGAAAUUAUUGAACAUGGAUUGGUCGAUGAACAGCAGAAAGUGCGAACGAUUACUGCUUUAGCCAGCGCCGCGCUGGCGGAGGCGGCCACGCCCUACGGUAUCGAAUCCUUCGAUUCCGUGCUCAAACCCUUGUGGAAGGGUAUCAGAACACAUCGCGGUAAAGGGUUAGCCGCCUUUCUUAAAGCCAUUGGUUACCUUAUACCUUUGAUGGAUGCAGAAUACGCGAACUAUUACACGCGUGAAGUGAUGCUCAUUUUGAUUCGUGAAUUUCAGUCACCAGAUGAAGAAAUGAAAAAGAUUGUCUUAAAGGUAGUGAAGCAGUGUUGCGGUACUGACGGUGUUGAACCUCAGUAUAUUAUGGAUGAAAUUCUUCCACACUUUUUCAAACACUUUUGGAACCAUCGAAUGGCUCUCGAUCGUCGCAAUUACAGGCAACUAGUCGAUACUACUGUUGAAAUAGCCAACAAGGUUGGUGCAUCAGAAAUUAUAAACAGAAUUGUGGAUGAUCUGAAAGACGACAAUGAACAGUAUAGAAAAAUGGUAAUGGAAUCUAUUGAAAAGAUCCUUGCUAAUCUGGGCGCCGCGGAUAUUGACUCUAAACUUGAAGAAGCCUUAAUUGACGGCAUACUGUACGCAUUCCAAGAACAAACCACAGAGGAUGUCGUAAUGUUAAACGGAUUCGGGACAAUUGUAAAUCAGCUAGGCAAACGCGUGAAGCCUUAUCUACCACAAAUCUGUGGUAUUAUCCUCUGGCGUAUGAACAACAAAUCAGCGAAGGUCCGUCAACAGGCUGCCGAUCUCAUCUCCCGGAUUGCAGUCGUAAUGAAAACUUGCCAAGAGGAAAAACUUAUGGGGCAUUUAGGUGUCGUACUAUACGAAUAUUUAGGCGAAGAAUACCCAGAAGUACUGGGAUCGAUAUUAGGCGCACUGAAAGCAAUCGUUAAUGUAAUCGGUAUGACGAAGAUGACUCCACCCAUCAAAGACCUUUUGCCUAGAUUGACACCAAUUUUGAAAAACAGGCAUGAAAAAGUGCAAGAAAAUUGCAUUGAUUUGGUCGGGCGGAUUGCGGACAGGGGUCCAGAGUUUGUAUCGGCGAGAGAAUGGAUGAGAAUUUGCUUCGAAUUGCUUGAACUGCUCAAAGCACACAAGAAAGCUAUUAGGCGAGCGACAGUGAAUACGUUCGGUUACAUCGCUAAAGCUAUCGGUCCACAUGACGUGUUGGCAACGCUGCUCAAUAACUUAAAAGUGCAAGAGAGACAAAACAGAGUGUGCACAACAGUGGCCAUUGCUAUUGUAGCAGAAACAUGUUCCCCUUUCACUGUUUUACCGGCUUUGAUGAACGAAUACAGAGUGCCAGAGUUGAAUGUACAAAAUGGUGUACUCAAGUCGUUGUCUUUCUUGUUUGAGUAUAUUGGUGAGAUGGGAAAGGACUACAUUUACGCCGUUUGUCCACUCCUCGAGGACGCACUUAUGGACAGAGACCUUGUUCAUCGGCAGACUGCAUGUGCAGCUAUAAAACAUAUGGCUCUGGGUGUAUAUGGAUUUGGUUGCGAAGAUGCUCUCAUCCACUUGUUGAAUCAUGUCUGGCCUAACAUAUUUGAAACAUCCCCCCAUCUCGUACAAGCUUUUAUGGAUGCUGUAGAAGGCAUGAGAGUGGCUCUUGGACCUGUUAAAAUACUUCAAUAUGCUUUACAGGGUCUAUUUCACCCCGCAAGAAAAGUUCGCGACGUUUAUUGGAAGAUAUAUAACACUUUAUAUAUUGGAGGUCAAGAUGCUUUGGUGGGUGGAUACCCCCGAAUACAAAAUGAUCCAAACAAUCACUUUAUUAGAUACGAAUUAGAUUAUUUGUUGUAACACGUUUAUUAAUAAAUUUAUGCGUGUGGCGAA